AUGACCGAAAAAUUCUUCUUCGGCGACUGGGUCGGAAAGACCAUCAAGCUCACCACCACCAACCCACCCUCGGAGUGGAAAUUGGUUACGAAAUUAAGCGACAAGAACACGCAGGAGUCCGCCGAGAGUUACCACGAGAGCCCAAGUCCCGGCACCGCAUACGGGUCCUUCAUCUGCCAGAAUGUCAACGACCCAGCUGACGAGGGAUUCAUGAGGAUUAUAAUGCAGAUCCCAUGCAGAGGAUCGGAAUACGCCAUCCAUGCCGAACGAGCUCGCCAGGCAUCUUCCGAGACGGUCAGCGGAAUGACCUACAGCGAGCUCUGUGCCGUUGAACGUUUACGGGACAACAAUUGCACGGCGGCGCCCAGGAUCCGAACACAUGAGGAGACCACCCAGGAUGAUACCAUGCUCGUUCCCGGUGGUCCGCUGCAUUAUAUCCUAAUGGAUAAGGCCGGCGGCGUUCAGCUGAGCGAGGAGAUCUUCUGGGCGUACCCACGCAACGAGAGGGAUCGCAUUCGUGAGGCAUACAAAGAAGCAUGGAGUGAAUGGACUCGCUGCGGUGUCUCCAACCGUUGGCCACACAUCUCGCAUCUGUUCUGGGACAGCGAUGCUGGUAAAAUGCAAGUCACUACUCAUUCAUGUCUCUAUUUUUACUAGGCAAAGGUCAUCUAAUCAACAAGUGUUCUUCCUGCAGAAUCAUCGCAGCCGCCAGCUUCUCCUCCCCGCUGGAACCCUUCCGAACCGUGAAAUGGAGAGAUUCUAUGUGGCGAGCGGCAGGUCUUUUGCGCGCCGGUAGCACACACAGCUGCGCCUGGAAAGAGUCGAUGAGGGAUAACUGGAUUUGGUAGUCCUAUUGACGAGGCCGCGGAAGCAUAGUGAUGGAGCUUCUGGCUGGCCUAGAGCUCCUGCUUCUGCACUCCUCUCGCAGUUGCUGUCCCGUUUCGGUUCCAUUUGCUCUGCAACGUAUCCCCAUAGUCAUGAUACACUGCGGUCCAAAACAGAUUCUCCUGCUUAUCCCAAAAAUAAUACCCGCCUCCCUGCUCAUCAUACACGCCACGAUCCAACGCGCGCUGAAACGACGGAUCUAGAUCCUCGGGGACGGCGUCAUGCCACGAGAACCCACCGGCAUGUCCGAGAUCGCCGCCUGUGCUGGGGUCUUCCAUGAGGACGGUUUUACACCCGACCGGGUGCGCAGCACAUUCCCCAGCAGAGUUGGGGUCCGUGCGGACCCAUUUGACGUAGAAGGCGAAGCCGAGAUUUACCUUGUCAGCCUCGACUCCGUUCGCAAUAUACGCGUCGACCGCGGUAAGAGAGCCUUGGAUCCCCGUGUGAUGUUUUGUAACGUUAUCCCGGCGGUUCAUGAGGUCGUACGUCAUUACGUUGAAGAAAUCCAGCGAGGCGCUGAUGGCGGGGAUUGUGUCAGAUGUGAAGGCGAGCAUGUCGCGUGGGAGGCCGGGGACUGCGGCCGAGAUGAGUUUGUUGGGACCUAUUGCGGUGCGGAUUGAGGAGAGGAGUUUGGGAUACGCCUCUAUUUCCCAUUCCUUGGCGCUAUUUGGAUUUCGUUUGUAGUCUUCGCCGUUGCCGCUGGGUGAGUGGUUAGUACAGUCGUGCGGGCAU